GUUCGGUGCUUCGGUUUUUCGGCAUCAUUCUCAGUUUGGAAGGCGUCCUAGUUAGCUGCACCAAAUCGGGUUGAAGCUUAUCUGUUCUUCAAGAUUAGCAAAUCUCAGAAACUUGUGAAGUAUUCUUUUACCGUUAGUGAAACACUUCAAUCGUAAAAAUGCGUGAAUGUAUUUCCGUACACGUUGGUCAGGCUGGUGUCCAAAUUGGAAACGCCUGCUGGGAGUUGUACUGUCUGGAGCAUGGAAUCCAACCGGACGGUCAAAUGCCAUCGGAUAAAACUAUUGGCGGUGGUGAUGAUUCAUUCAACACUUUCUUCAGCGAAACCGGUGCUGGAAAGCAUGUUCCCCGUGCUGUAUUUGUUGAUUUGGAGCCAACUGUAGUAGAUGAAGUUCGCACAGGAACUUACCGGCAGCUGUUCCACCCUGAGCAGUUGAUCACCGGAAAGGAGGACGCUGCCAACAAUUACGCACGUGGUCACUACACUAUUGGAAAGGAAAUCGUCGACAUCGUAUUGGAUCGCAUCCGUAAGCUAGCCGAUCAGUGCACUGGUCUGCAGGGCUUCCUUAUCUUCCACUCGUUUGGUGGCGGUACCGGAUCUGGUUUCACUUCUCUUUUGAUGGAACGUCUCUCUGUUGACUACGGAAAGAAGUCCAAAUUGGAGUUCGCCAUCUACCCAGCUCCGCAAGUUUCGACAGCCGUGGUUGAACCUUAUAAUUCCAUUUUGACAACCCACACCACUCUGGAACAUUCCGACUGCGCCUUUAUGGUUGACAACGAGGCAAUCUACGACAUCUGCCGACGUAAUUUGGACAUUGAACGCCCAACCUAUACCAACCUUAACCGUCUGAUUGGCCAGAUUGUUUCUUCGAUUACUGCUUCGCUUCGAUUUGACGGUGCCCUGAACGUUGAUCUUACUGAAUUCCAAACCAAUUUGGUUCCAUAUCCGCGUAUUCAUUUCCCACUGGUAACAUACGCUCCGGUUAUCUCUGCCGAGAAAGCUUACCACGAGCAACUGUCGGUGGCUGAAAUUACUAAUGCAUGCUUUGAGCCGGCCAACCAGAUGGUCAAAUGUGAUCCUCGCCAUGGAAAGUACAUGGCUUGUUGCAUGCUGUACCGUGGUGAUGUAGUACCGAAGGAUGUCAAUGCUGCAAUUGCUACCAUCAAGACUAAGCGUACGAUUCAAUUCGUGGAUUGGUGUCCAACUGGUUUCAAGGUUGGUAUCAACUACCAGCCACCAACCGUCGUCCCAGGUGGUGAUUUGGCCAAGGUACAACGUGCCGUGUGCAUGUUGUCCAAUACGACUGCCAUUGCAGAGGCUUGGGCCCGUUUGGAUCACAAAUUCGAUCUGAUGUACGCCAAGCGUGCCUUCGUCCACUGGUAUGUUGGUGAGGGUAUGGAGGAAGGUGAAUUCUCAGAAGCCCGUGAGGAUCUGGCUGCCCUUGAGAAGGAUUACGAAGAAGUUGGCAUGGACUCCGGCGAAGGAGAGGGAGAAGGUGCCGAAGAAUACUAAAUCCGGACGCUCGUUGAUCUGCAUCAUAGUCAACGGCAAAUCCAAUUUGUUGCUGAUUGUUUUGUAGAUCAUAGUUCAGCACAGAAAGGCCCGACUGGUUAAAUUUAACGCAGUCAUGUGGCUCGGAGAAAACGAAUCUAAUAAAUAAAUGUUUCUCCAAUUAAA